AGUUGUAGAUCGACGGGUGCGUGAGCGCGUGUGUCUGCCGCAGCGUUACUGCGCCGCUGUAUUCCGAUCGACGCGAUGAUCUCUAUUAUUUGUGCUAUGACAAUAAAAUAUUAAUGGUGUGCUUUUACUCAAGUAAUUACUGUUUUGGAUACACCCGAUUGAAGAAUACGAUGUCGUAUAAACGCUGUGCAUGUCCUGUGUCAGACGAUGAUGGCAGACAGUGGCCGAUAUGUGGACACAUCAUGUAUAUUAUAAGUUGUGCAAAUAUUUGACCAGAAUCAUAUUAAGUAAAACAUUAACAAAGUGAAAAAAAGUGAUGAAAGUGUGAGAGACAUUAAAGUGGACGCUAAAAGGAGUGAUAAUAAUAGUUAUUGAUUAUAUUGGUAGGAGUGAGUGUAACUAUAAGUGAAGUGAGAGCGAUGUGUGGCGCGCGAGUGACCGCGAGGCUGUUGCUGCUGGCCGCGCUGCCGACACUCGCAGGUCGUGGAUGGUGGUGUGCGGAUGGCGAGGUAGUGUCAGUGACGGGGGCGGGAGUGGGUGCAGGGCCGGAGUUCCUGCCCACGGAGAUGGCGGUGGUGGCGGCGGUGGGACAGGACGCGGUGCUCGAUUGCCGUGUACGCAACCUUCACGACAAGGCGGUGUCUUGGGUGCGGUCGCGUGAUCUUCAUAUCUUGUCGCACGCGGGUGCGGUCUUCACAGCAGAUACUCGCGUGUCUGUGCGCGUGACAGCAGCGGGAGCGGGAGCGGGGGCGGGUGCGACUAAACACUCCCUGCGUAUCCGUCGACUGCGGGUAUCUGACGCUGGUCGCUACGAGUGCCAGCUUAACACCGAUCCCAAAAUGAGCCUCUUCUAUAAUCUUACUGUUGUCGAUGAGCCCGUACCGGUGGGUGUGAUAGCAGCAAGUGCGCGUGACGUGCACGGCGCGGUGGGCGGCGCGGUUACGCUUCUGUGUGAGGCGCGAUACGAGCCGCCACCGCGGGCGCUACCGCUGCCACCCCUAGAUAUCGUGUGGCGGAAGGACGGCGUGCCCGUCGACUUACAGUUGAGUCGUGGCGGUGUGUCACGUGACACGGAGCGGUGGGUGUCGCGUGCGGUGUCGCGCCUGACGCUCGCUGAGCUGGUGCACUCCGACGCGGGCGUGUAUGAGUGCGCGCUGCCCGACACCGUCACUACUGCCACCUCCGGCCAAGACCCGGCCGCUGCCACCGCACUCGACUAUAUACACCUUCACGUCGACUCUGAUAGUCAGAUGGAGGCGAUGCAGCGCGACCAGUCCGUCGACAGCGGCGCGCGCGCAUCUUACCAUAUAUCGGCGUCAUUGUCAGUGACGUGCCUGGCAUUUGCGUUGAUGUAUAUUUUAGUUUAGAGUUACGUUACAUGAAAAUGACUUCAUUAUGUAAUGGCGAAAUGAAUCACAAAUUGAGUCUUUAAAAUGUUAUGAAAUUCGAACAGGUGCUAGUUUAGUUAUUUUCAAGUUCAAACUCAUUCAAACUUUUUUAAUUAACGUGAAAAAACUUAAAUAAUAGCUAAAAUGAUAUAAUUUUAUCAUAACAAUCGUUAUUAAAUUAUAACUGUUACCUUUUCAAGUAGAUAGAUAACAAUUUUUGUUUAAAAUGUGAUUUAUUUCCCAAUACAAUAAUUUGUUAUUAGAUAACGCCGAUAAUUUAUAAUGUUAAUUCAUAAGAAUCUUAUUUGUACAGACUCAAUCUCAUGUUUUAAUGUUAAUCUGUUCUCUGUAUAUUUUGCAACAUUUGUAAAUAUUGUAAAGCAGUUAAUUAUAGUUUCAGAGGAAAUAAAUUGUAAGUUUGAUGACGUAUAGAUUUUGUUUUUCUUCGAGUUACAACGUGGUAUAAUUAGCGUGGGAUACUAAUGUGCGGCACGCGUCUUCAUGGCGGCUGUGUUAGCCCAUUGGCAGAGUUGCCAGCAACCAGUGUUGUAAACCUCAAGAAACAAGAAAACGUCAAUUCACCUAUAAAAAAACAGGAAAAAAUAGCCUAUUUACUAAAAAGGGGCAUAUUUCUUAUUCAUAUAAUUAAUACAAUCACAUACUUUUAUUAGUUCUCAGGACUUACAUACAUUGUUUUAUUAUGAAUAGAAAAGAAAACACAAUAAAAAAACUAUUAUUUUCAACUUACACGCUCAAUUGUUUCAUCUUCUGUAUUUUCAAAUUUUCCUUUUUAAAUAAUGUAAGUUUUGUUGAAUUUCUUCAGGUGCCUUUUUGUGAAUACAUAUGAGUAGCAAUCAGUUAUUUCGGAUUAUAUUUGCAUAAUGUAAUAGGUGGCACUGAACGCUAAUUGAAAAACAGUAAAAAUUAGGAAUGAAACAGAUAAUAGAGUCAUUAAUUUGAAGACAGCGAAUCUACUGUUAAAACAGUA